CUUACAGUUAAGUAGUAUAGUUUCAAAAUGAAUUUUAUUAUAAAUUUCUUUCUGGUGCUAACAAAUUUGAUUUCGCUUUCGAACGCGUCUCCAUAUAGGUUUUUCUUUAUUGGUAGACGAAUUGAUAUGAAUGGCAAUACCGAUCUUCAUAAGGCCGCUGGCGAAGGAGAUUUUGAUAGAGUAAUCGAAUUCUAUGUAAACGGAGAAAAUAUGGAUAUUGAAAAUUUCUCUCGGGACACACCUUUAUGUGAAGCUGCUUUUUACGGACAUGAAGAUGUCGCCAAAUUUCUUAUAAACGUGGGUGCAGAUGUGAAUCACCAAGGAUGUGGUUUGAAAACGCCACUUUAUCAAGCUGCUUUCAAUGGUAAAGCUAGAAUGGUUGAAUUAUUGCUUAAUCGUGGUGCAAAUAUUGAUUUGCGCAAUCAUAUUGGGUGGACACCUCUUUUUGCAGCUUGUCGAUUUGGUCAUGAAGCAAUUGUAAAAAAACUGCUUCAAUAUGGUGCCAAAGUUAAUCUUACAGAUGAAACAGGAAGAUCUCUUCAGGCAGUCGUUGAAUUAUCAGGCAAUAUUAAUAUUAUAAAUAUGAUUGCUGAAGCAAUGAAUGAGCAAAAUCCUUCGGAAAAUACAACUUACCCAUGCGAUUUGAAGGAAAUUGACGAAAAUACUUGGAUCUGCUAUGGAGAUUAAGCUCGCUAUUGCUUGUUUUGUGAAUUUUUGACUCAAAUAACAA